UUUAAGAGACAGACUCCAUUUUGUCAUUUCCUCUUUGACGCCGCUUUCUUUUGGUCGUCGCGUCGCUUGUGUUGUAUAUUUUUGAAAAAGUGCAACAAAAUGGGGGACAAUAAUUACGGAGGCGGUAUAGGGGGUGGUGGUUAUGGAGAUUACUCGCAACCGCCGCCAUCGACAGCAUACCCGAACGCGUAUCCCGCUCAAGCCACUGGAGGCGGCUAUCAGGCGCCAAAUACCGCCGCUGGUGCGGGCGCUUGGGGAGGCCAGAAUAGAGGCGGCGCUGGAGCCGGGGGCGGCGGAUACGGCGGCUCUGCUGGAGGAUAUGGUGGCUCUCAAGGCGGCGGCGGUGGAGGUUACGGUUCCUCGGGAGGCGGUGGCUAUGGCUCUUCCGGAGGCGGCUACGGUGGCGCCUCAGGUGGUGGCUAUGGAUCAUCGGGGGGCGGUAGUUACGGAAAUGGGGGCGGUAAUAGCUACGGAUCGGGGGGCGGUGGCGGCUACGGAGGUGGCGGCCGCGAUCGUGGAGGCGGUAAUGAUUACAAAUCCAGGGAUUUAGAUCGCAGAGACAGUUAUGGAGGCGGCAACAGGGGUGGUUUUAACAAAGGAGAUAGCGGUAAUCUUGUUAUCCAAGCCGAUACAGUUUUUGUAUCUGGAAUGAACACUGAAUUGACUGAAGAUGACAUUGAGCAACACUUUGGCGCCAUUGGCAUCAUCAAGAUGGACAAGAGGACGCAGAAAAGAAAAAUCUGGUUGUACAAGGACAAAGCGACUGGAGAAUCGAAGGGCGAGGCGACUGUGACGUACGACGAUGCAAACGCAGCCCAAUCCGCCAUCUCCUGGUUCGACGGCAAAGAAUUUCGAGGCAACACCAUCAAAGUGCAACUGGCCACCAAAAAAGACAACUGGAGCGGUGGUGGAGGCGGUGGAGGUGGCGGCGGCGGAGGCGCUGGAGAUAGAGGAAGCGGCGGCGGAGGCCGCGGAGGUUUCGGCGGCGGAGGCCGCGGUCGCGGAGGAGGAGGAGGCGGAUUCGGCGGCGGACGCGGACGCGACGGAGGUGGCGGCGGAGGCGGCGGCAGAGACCGCGAAGCUCGUGACGGCGACUGGAAGUGUCCGAACCCGGAUUGCAGCAACACCAACUUUGCUUGGCGCAACCAGUGUAACCGUUGCAAUGAAGACAAACCUGAAGGUGCAGGAGGCGGCGGCGGAGACGAUAGACGAGGCGGCGGCGGAGGCCGGGAUCGCGACGGAGGCAGUAGGGAUCGCCGCGGAGGCGGCGGUGGCGGAUUCAGAGGUGGAGACAGAGGAGGCCGCGGAGGAUUUGGAGGCGGUCGCGGAAGAGGCGGCGGCGGAGGAGGAGGGUUCGGCGGUGGAGGCCGCGGAGGCGGACGUGGUAGAGACGGCGGCGGUGGCGGCGGCCGUGACGGAGGCGGCGGAAGACACAGGCCGUAUUAAAUAUUAUAAGUAUUUAAGUACCAAAAUGCAUUUUAUAUUAUUUGUGAAUUUUAAAACUUAGAUUAAGAAUUUGACUGUAUUUUUUUGUACCUAGUACCUUAUGUUUAAUUAAUUAUGGAAUGAAUUAUGUAAUGGCCAUUCUUGGAUGUUGGCCUUUAUGAAAUAAAUUGUGAAAUAAUA